CAGCACUCGGGAGGCAGAGGCAGGCAGUUAUUGGUGAGUCUCAUGCCCGCCGGGUCUACUGAGAUAGUUUCAGGUCAGCUAAGGCUGUUACAGAGAGAAAACCUAUCCCGAAAACCAAAAAAUAAGAAAUGAAAGACGCGGAGGAUAUUCUGGCUGCACUAUGCCUAAAGCAUUUCUCAAGUACAGCCUAGGCUACUGGAAAGCCCAGCACACAGUCCUGGGCGGAGCCUGUGGAUUGGAGGCUCGAGGGGCGGAGCCUCGCGUGACUUUUCACGACUUGACUUUCCGGUCCAACACUGGGGAUUUAAUUGACGUCCUGGGUGUUUCCGGUGUGACCAGAAUAAAGCCCAGGACUCCAGGGCCCGUGACUGCAGUUGCUCCGCCAGCACCAGCGCCACUGUCCUCGCUGCACCCCGUGUCUCGACAGCCCCACAGAGCCGUCGACAUGCAGAACAUGCAGCCUAGCAGCUCUGACACCGACCCCUCGCCCUGCUGGACACCACAGCCACAAGGACCCAGACCUGCCAAGCGCCGCCGCCUCCACGAGCCCCAGGAGCCGCUCAGCCUGGAAGAGCCCGCAGGGUCCGCCAGCGAUGCAUCGACCUCUAUGGUGAUCCUGGUCAGUGACUCUGGCCUGCAGCUGCAGCUGGAUGGCGUCGAACUGCUGCUGUUACUGGAUGCCACCUCGGUCCUGGAAGUGGAGCUCCCUGAACACACCAUCAUCCUGGUGCCCGAGGGCCUCCAGGCUUCAGACCAUCUUGGACAGCCUGGGUUCUUCUCCGCCAGCCCGCAGGGGGGCGCUAGCCUGGAAAUGCCAGAGGAGGACCUGCUAGUCCUCCAGCUGGUAUCCUCCUGUGAGUUCAUUCUAGAAAUUUCCUACCAAGAGGAAUCCUAUGAUGAGGAUGAGGACUCUGGCUCCCUGUCACCCUGGAUGGAUUCUCCAGCUGGUCAGGCAAGUGAGCACUUUUCCUCCACCAACAGGAUGCCCAGUCCUUGGCCUCAGGGCCACAUCCCAGAACCAUAUCCUUCAGGGCCUUCCCCUAAUGCAGAGCCAUAUUCUCCAAGGUCUGUCUGGGACCAGGACAGCUACCUGCUGGGACCCUUCCCCAGCUCACCCUUGCAGCCUCUGCCUCCAUCUCCUCCUCCAAGGCCCCAAGAGCAGCGCCCUCCAUCCUCUCCGAGGUCCCCAUGCAAGGCCAGGAAGAGACUGUUCUGUGAAUGAACUGCCCUCCACCAAUCCUGAUGCCCCUCAAAUGAGAGAUUGGCUCCCAGCACCAUCGUGAGUGCCUCUGCACAGCCUACAAGGUUAGAAGGGCACUCUUGUUUAUGAAUUGGGCAGAAUAUUGGAUUGUUGGUUGCUAGAAUGUCUGGAAGGAAGAUCAUCGCCUCCAGAUCACGUGCUGGUUGACACUUGCCUGCAUUUGCUCUUUGACUUGACUGCUUCCUUAGACUUUUUCUAUACAGAAGUCACCCUCGGGCAGCUCCAGCAGUGCAGUCCUGAUCUGCCUGCCUCUGCCGUUUGUGCUGGGAUUAAAGGCGUGUGUGCCACCUCUACCCAGCUCAUGUUAUUUUUUUUUUAAACAAAUGGGGCUUUUGAUUGUCGUGGGGGUUGUUUGGGGGUUUAUUUUGAUUUUGCUUUAGGAAGAGUUGGUUUUACCUUUUCUUUCAACAAGAAAUAAGUCUUUUCAUCUCAUUUUGUAUAUUUUUAAUCUAGUUCUCCAGCUCCCAGGGUCACAAUUUGAAUGUUACAAUAAUUUGUUAUAAGACUAUUUUGUUAGAAUAAUUAGAAGAUCUCAAAUUUAUGUUUUUCAUUGUAACUUGAGUAUAGAUAUGUCUUAUGUUGAUUUGAUAUCCAACAAAAUUUAUUAAUUUCUUUAGUAAUCUUAUGUACCUUCUUUUGGAGGUUUGAUAAAAACAAUAUCUCUACUGAGAAAUUAGAGACCUUUGACAUA